AUGGCUCAUGGUAACAACACCAAUCGCCCUCCACCAGACUACACCUCCUUUGGUUCUUCAUCUUCUAUGGAUGAAUUAUCCAUCCCUUAUUAUCUACAAAAUAGAGACCAUCAUGGCUUAAUUUUGGUUUCUCAUUCUUUAACCGGAUCUAAUUUCAGCUCUUGGCAUCAUGCCUUGCUUCUUGCUCUAACAGCAAAGAAUAAACUAGUUUUCGUUGAUGGCACCAUUGUUCGUCCUCCCUCCACUGAUUUACUCUUCUCUUCUUGGAAUCGAUGUAAUUCCAUGGUUAUCUCAUGGAUAUUAAACUCGGUUCCUAAGGACAUUGCUGACAACCUUCUUUAUUUUUCUACUGGCUAUAAAGUUUGGAAUGAUUUUAAGACUAGGUGCUCUCAGGAUGAAUUACAGGAUUACAUUCUUCUACCUUCCUGCACUUGUGGUGCGCUUCACAAAAUUGGUGCCAGUAAGGAGCAAGAUCAUGUACUUCAGUUUCUUAUUGGACUCAAUGAAUCCUUUUCAUCUGUCCGUGCUCAGAUUUUGUUGUUUGAACCAUUGUCGUCGCUCACCAAGGUCUUCUCCAUGGUUCUACAAGAAGAGCGUGAACGUCAGCUCUCCGUCGCCUUGCCAACUUUGGCUGCACCAGAUACUCCUCUCCUUAACUCUGUUGCCUCACCUCCUCCGUCCAUUUCCACGGCGGCCGCUGUCCAACGCCGUUAG